AUGAUUGCGGCGUCUUCGCUGCGACCAUUCGUGCUGGCGGAUGAACGCAUCACAAAAUGGACAUCCCCGCACGCGACUCAAUUCCGACAAGAUCUUGGCGCUUUCAUUUCUCCUGCAGCAUCAUCUCGACUCUUUCACAUCAUCUCGGAGGGCAUGGACGUCCGAACUCGGAAGAACUACGGAGCGGGCCUUUUACGGUUCACUCAAUUCUGUGACGAACUGGGCAUCCCGGAGGCAAUGCGCAUGCCGGCGCCGGAGGCGCUGGUAGCAGCCUUCAUCGCGAGGCACGCGGGCGUCGUCAGGCACGACACCAUAGGCAGCUGGCUAUCGGGUCUUGCGGUGUGGCACGCCAUCAACGGCGCGAAAUGGCCGGGGGGCAGCAUUCUCACCUACGUCAAGAAGGGCGCGAAAAAAGUAGAACCGCCGCCGCUGGCGAAAAGGCCACCCGUGACGUUAGAGCACAUGCACGCGCUCUUCACGGGCCUAGACUUGUCUAACACCUUCGACGCGGCGGUGUUCGCUGUUGCGUGCUGCGCGUUUUGGGGAUGUAGAAGGCUAGGAGAGCUCAUCGUUCCGUCGCGUCACGGCUUCGACGGCGAGAAGCACGUCGCAGCGGGCGUCGAUGUAGGAGUCCGUACGCUUCCGAGCGACGUACGAUACGCGGUCUUUCACAUUCCCUGGACCAAAACCACGAAGCGCGAGGGCGCUAACAUCAUACUCACGGCGAACCCCGAUCCCACCGACCCGGUGACCGCACUUCUACACCAUCGAGUAAUGAACCGCGCGCUCCCGUCGGGUGCGCCGAUGUUCGCGUUCGAGACGAAUGGUGAAUCCGCGGGGUGGGCACCGAUGACUCGCGACUGGUUUUUGAACCGGUGCAACGGUGUUUGGACGAUGGCAGGACUUGGCGUUCUUACAGGUCAUUGUUUCCGGAUAGGUGGAGCUACUGAAUUACUGUUACGCGGUACGCAUCCGGACAUUGUCGCGACGCAGGGCGGCUGGAAGUCCAAAGCCUUCCUCGAGUAUUGGAGGAAAAUCGAGUCCAUUCUGCCUCUCUUUAUUUCUAAGUCUUUCGAUCAGUCUCGGAUACAGUUGUUGUCGAACACUAUGGACGAGUUCCGGCGUAGAAACGCGGCACCAUCGUAA